AUGUUGCUAACCCAUGCAGGCGUGGACAAGGCAGCCUACCUGAUGGGCAUCAGCUCCGCUGACCUGCUCAAAGGCCUCCUGAAUCCUCGAGUCAAAGUGGGCAAUGAAUCCAUUGUGAAAGGACAGGCAGUGGAGCAGGUGUAUUUUGCGGUGGCAGCUCUUGACAAGGCCACAUACGACCGCAUGUUCAAGUGGCUGGUGAGCCGCAUCAAUGUGUCCUUGUACAUGGCACUGCCUCGACAGUACUUCAUCGGCGUGCUGGACAUCGCCGGCUUUGAGAUCUUUGAGUUGAACAGUUUUGAGCAGCUGUGCAUCAACUUCACCAAUGAAAAGCUGCAGCAGUACUUCAAUACCACGUUCAUCGUGGAGCAGGAAGAGUAUAAAACGUAAGGCAUUGAGUGGACUUUCAUCGACUUUGGUCUUGACCUGCAGGAGUGCAUCGACCUCAUCGAGAAGCCCAUGGGAAUCCAGUCCAUCAUGGAGGAGGAGUGUAUGUUCCCCAAGGCCACAGACCUCAGCUUCAAGACCAAACUGUAUGACAACCAUCUGGGAAAGUCACCAAACUUCCCGCGACCGCGGCUAGACAAGAAGCGCAAAUACGAGACGCACUUUGAGGUGGUCCACUACGCCGGAGUGCUGAGGUGUUGCGUGCUGGUUCCAUACAACAUCAUAGGCUGGUUGGACAAGAACAGAGACCCUCUCAAUGAGACUGUGGUGCUUUUGUACAAGAAGUCCUCCAGCAAACUAAUGGCUGGACUGUUUGAGAACUACAUCACUUCCGAGACAGCCUCGGAUCCUAAGCAUGAGACCAAGCAGAGGAAGAGGAAAGCAGCUUCCUUCCAGACUGUUUCACAGCUUCAUAAGGAGAACCUCAACAAGCUGCUGGCGAACCUCCGGCACACUCAGCCGCACUUUGUCCGCUGCAUUAUCCCCAAUGAGAGCAAGAACCCUGGCGUCAUGGAUCCAUUCCUUGUCCUGCACCAGCUUAGGUGUAACGGGGUCUUGGAGGGCAUUCACAUCUGCAGGAAGGGGUUCCCAAACCGAAUAUUGUAUGCUGAGUUUAAACAGCGCUAUCGUAUCCUGAACCCCACCGCCAUUCCUGAGGCCUCCUUUGUGGACAGCCACAAAGCUGUGGAGAAGCUUCUUGGCUCACUGGACAUUGACUACAGCCAAUACAAGUUUGGGCAAACCAAAGUGUUCUUCAAGACAGGUCUGCUGGGUCAGCUGGAAGACAUGAGGGACACCCGCCUGUCUCAAAUCCUGACCACGGUUCAGGCCAUGAGCCGAGCGAAACUGAUGAUGAUGGAGAGAGACAAGAUGAUGCUACAAAGGGGCUGGUCGUGGGGCUGCUCUCGGUUCCUGGGUGCCGGGGAGGUGCCCGCUGGCCCUACUCCAGGGGCGUCAUCCUGGUCUCUGGGUGGGGGGACUGGUGGGUCUUCACAUUUCUUCGGGUGGCAGCUGGCUCCUGCAAUGGGCCCUGAACAAGACAACCUGGCUGACACAGAGGAGCGCUGCAACCAGCUGAUCCAGUCCAAGAUCUCCCUGGAGUCUAAGCUGAAGGAGAUGCAUGAGCGUCUGGAGGACGAGGAAGUGAUUAGCAACAAGCUGACUUCCCAGAAGCGCUUGCUAGAGGAUGAAGUGGGGUCCCUGCGGAAGGACGUGGAUGAUCUAGAGAUGGACCUGGCCAAGGUGGAGAAGGACAAACAGUGUGUUGAGAACAAGGUGAAGAAUCUUUCCCAGGAGAUGUGUGUCCUGGAUGAGUCAAUUGCGGCUCUACAAAGGGAGAAAGCAGCCCUGCAAUAAGCUCAUCAACAAGCUCUCAAUGACCGCCAGGCUCAGGAGGACAGCGUCAACAUUUUGACCAAGGCCAAGAGUAGACUGGAGCAGCACGUGGAAACUGUGGAGAGCUCCUGGGAGCAGGAGAAGCGGGCGCGGACUGAGCUGGAAAAAAACAAGAGGACGCUAGAGGCUGACCUGACGGUCAAGGACUCUGUGAGGGACCUAGAGGACCAGAAGAAGGAGAUGGAGGAGAGAAUGAAAAAGAAAGACUUUGAGAUAGGUCAGCUUCUGUCCAAAUUGGAGGAUGAACAGAACCUGGUGGCUCAGCUGCAGAAGAAGAUCAAAGAACUUCAAACUCGGAUCGAGGAGCUGGAGGAGGCACUGGAGGCGGAGCAUACAUGGCGAUCCAAGGCAGAGCGUCAGAGAAACGACGUUGCUCGAGAGCUGGAGGAGCUUGGAGAGAAGCUGGAGGAGGCGGGAGGAGCUUCUGCUGCUCAGGUCGCACUGAACAAGAACCGGGAAGUGGAUGUCCUGAAGCUGCUAAGGGAGUUGAAGGAGGCGGGGCUUCACCAUGAGACGACAGCUGCCACGCUGAUGAAGAAGAAUGCCGAAGCAGUGGCGGAGCUCACUGAGCAGAUUGACGCACUACAGAGAGCCAAGCAGAAGAUGGAGAAGGAGAAGGCAGAGCUUCGCCUGGAGGCUGAUGACCUGGCUGCCAAUCUGGAGCAGCUCUUGAGGGCCAAGGGCACGGUGGAGAAGAUGUGCCGAGUCUAUAUGGACCAGCUCAGCGAGAGUAAAGGCAGAACUGAUGAUCUGCAGCGACAGCUCACCGAGAUGUCAGCACAGAAAGCAUGCAUUGUCGCUGAGGCAGCCGAGUACAGUCGUCGCCUAGAGGAACGCGAGGGACAGAGUAGUCAACUGCAGCGAUCCAAAGCUCUCUAUCAGAACCUGGAAGACCUGAAAAGGCAGCUGGAGGAGGAGAGCAAAGCCCGGGUGGUACUGGUGCAGGCAGUGCAGGCAUCCCGUCAUGACUGCAGUCUGCUGAGUGAACAGCUGGAGGCGGAGCAAGAGUCCAAGGCAGAGCUACAAAGGGCGCUGUCCAAUGCCAACAGCCAGGUGGUGCAGUGGAGGACCAAGUAUGAGACAGAUGCCCUGCAGAGACAGGACGACCGGUUGCAAUCGAAGGAAAGGCGGAGUCACCAACGCUCGCAGGAGGCCAUGCAGGCCAGCCUGGAGAUGGAGAUUCGCGCUCGCGUGGAAGCAGUUCGUUUGCGCAAGAAAAUGGAGUCGGACCUGAGUGAGAUGGACAUUCAGCUUGCUCACGCCAACAAGCGAGCGGCAGAGAGCCAAAAGAGCAUCGCGCCGCUGCACACUCAGAACGCGGGUCUGGUGAGCCACAAGAGGAAGCUGGAGACGGACGUGUGUCAUCUGGCGAGCGAAGUUGACGAGGCACUGGCGGAGGGUCGUAGCAUGGAGGAGAAAGCCAGGAAGGCCAUCACUGAGGCGGCCACGAUGGCGGAGGAACUGAAGAGGGAGCAGGAUAGCAGCAGCGUGCUAGAGAGGAUGAAGAAAAACAUGGAGGUCGCUGUUAAAGAGCUGCAGGUCGAACUGGACGAGACGGAGCAGAUGGCACUGAAGGGCGGCAAGAAGCAAAUUUCCAAGCUGAUGACACGAGUGCAUGAUCUUCAGAUGGAGCUGACCGUGGAGCAAAAGAAGCAUGAGGAGUACCAGAAAGGUAUCCGAUGCUACGAGAGGAAGCUGAAAGAGAUCACUUGCCAGUCAGAGGAGGACCACCAGACACAGGCGAGAAUGCAGGAAGUCAUCGAGAAACUUCAAAGCAAAGUGAAAAGUUACAAGCUACAAGCCGAGACCGCCGAGGAGCAAGUGAAUUGCACCUCGAUGCACUUUCGCGAGGUGCAGCACGAGCUCGAAGAUGCUGAAGAAACAGCUGACAUUGCUGAAACCGCCGUCAACAAGCUGCGCAUUCAAACGCGGCAGCACAUUGUCGGCUGAGUCAUGCACGCACUCAUCCUAUCCAGUGUAGCACUCAACAUACAAUUUCGGAAUGAGAGGCUGCCACUGCAUUUGUGGGUCAACGAUGACUUGCUUUCCAUGCUCAUAAAUGUGUUUGUGCUAGUGCUACAAUUUGCAUAGCUUCUUAGCUUUAAUAUGAUUUGUAAUUUUUACAGUUCAUUAUUGUUAAUGCUCUGAGCUUGUAUUUUAUU